AUGAAAAAAUUUUAUUUUUGGGAUGAUGAAAAUUCAGAGGGAAAAUCUGUUAUAAUAAAAGAAUUACUUGACCCAACAUAUGGAUGUUACGUAUGGCCAGCAGCAUUUGUAUUAGCCGAAUAUAUUUGGCAUGAGAGAGAUUUAUUUAAGGACAAAACAAUCUUAGAACUAGGUUCAGGCACUUCAUUACCAGGACUUUUGUGUGCAUUACUCUCCGAUAAUACACAUGUGAUUCUAACAGAUAGAUCAGAUGUACCUCAAAUACUUGAAAAUAUUCGAGAAAUUGCAAAAUUAAAUAAUUUACUAUCUAGAAAUAACAUUUGGAUAAAAGGUUUAAUGUGGGGUGAUUUUAGUGAUAACGAUCAUCAACUCGAAAGUGGCGGUGGUUUAUUUCAAUUACUAAAUGAUAUUGAAAAAUCUAAUAGAAAAAUUGAUUGGAUUCUGGGAAGUGAUACUUUUUAUGAUCCAAAAGAUUUUGAAGAUAUCAUUGUAACCAUCGCUUAUAUAUUAACUUAUCAUUUUCCAAAUGCAAAAUUCAUAACAUCAUAUCAAGAAAGAAGUUCCAAAAGAUCUAUUCAAUAUCUCUUGGAUAAAUGGAAACUUAAAUGUAAUCAAAUCUCUCUUGCUUCGUUCAAUUUUAAUCAUAACAAAUAUAUAAAUGAUAAAAAUGACGACAACGAAGAAGAUAAAGAAUCAACAGAUGACGUAGCUUACGCUGCCUCAUUACAAAGUAUAUUUUUAUUAGAAAUUACUAAAAUCUAG